AUGUUUUCCAAAAAAAGAAAAUUCAACGAUUUAAGCAUAAAUAAUGAAUGUAAAGAGGCUGAAACAGAAGAAGUCGGGACAAGCGAAGUUUUGGGGUUCAAAGAUAAAGUUUUCGCUGUCCUAAAGAGCCUUCGAGCAAAGUUUGUAUCUGCUUUCAAAUUACCGGCUCAGAAAAAGGCUCGGAAAGUAAGUGAUGGAUCCAGUUUGGAACAAACGGCAGAAGAGCCAAAGAAUGACCCUCACAGAAAGAGGAAGACAGAGGAAUUCUGUGAUGAAGAGAGUGUCUCAAAUAAGAAAAGAAGGACUGAAUCUGGUACUGAUGACCAAUAUGAAGCAAAACGGUCAAUCGAUCCUCUCCCAAACCAGGGAAAAAAGCGCAGCAUAUCAGAAGAGGAUUUUGAAGCUGGAAAAGUGAAAAGAUUUAAGGAAGAAAAACCAGAGAAUAAAGAGACACAAUCCACAAAUGAUAGUGGAUCAAGUGGAAUUGCCAGCCCUUUGUCCAUCAACAGGUUCCUUUUCUAUGGAGAACUUGGAGCAGGCUCCUUUGGAACGGUUGCACUGGCACAAGACAAGGUCACGGCUGAACCAGUUGCUGUGAAAAUAAUAAAAAAGGACAAGGCAUAUCCGCACCUUGUGAUGAGCGAGAGGCGAAUACUAGAGGCUGCACAGGACUGCCCCUUCCUCGUGCAUGCCAAAGCUGCCUUUCAGACGGAGGAUGACAUAUUUAUGGUGAUGGAGUACAUCCCAGGAGGAACUUUAUCAGAGCUUUUGGAUACUUUAGCUCCUCUUGAUGUCAACAGCGCACGGAUCUUGGCUGCUGAGAUAGUGUGCGGACUGAACUUCCUCCAUUCCCGUGGCAUUAUUCACCGGGACCUGAAACCAGAAAACAUUCUGAUAGACAGUACAGGCCACAUUAAGAUUGCUGAUUUUGGUCUGGCUGUAGAGAAUGUGUUUGGUGACCAAACAACCACAGGCUGGGCCGGAACAUAUAGUUACAUGGCCCCCGAGGUACUUUGGAUGGUAUAUGAUUCCUGUGUGGACUACUGGUCACUGGGAGUAAUACUACAUGAGAUGCUCACUGGGAGGAAACCCACCUUCUCCUGGUUGAGAAAGACUCUACAAUGUCCAGAGAACCUGAACCCAGAGGCAAAGGACAUUCUCAUGAAGCUGCUGACAUACUCCCCAUCCGAAAGGCGCAAUUUUGUUUGUGACAUCAAGCAGCACCCCUUCUUUAAGCCAAUUGACUGGCAGGCCCUGGAAGCUGGGAAAAUGAAGCCACCUUUCAUACCACCACCAGCAGAUGACUUUUUUGGAACUAGUUAUGAAAUCUUACCAACUUCUGAAGUAGAAGACGUGGGACAUUUAAAUCAUUUGAAAGGGCUCUCGUUUGUGUGCAAGGAGUGGAGGAAUAUCCCACCCAAUCAAUAG